UUUUUUUUUAAAAAAUCAGUUCAUCAAGCAAAGUAUACCUACCUAUACUUUUUAAAGAAAUAUUGUAUUUUUUGUCCUGCUUCUUAGUUUAAUUAAAAAUUGUUUCUACUUAUAAUCGUUUCAACCAUAAAACUAUAUUUUCCAUCCAAGUAACAUUAGUUUCCACCACUGUCGAUUCUUUGUAAAGUUUAAAGUUUGCCUUCCUUCUCCUUAUGUCAUAGAAAAAAAUGUACAUUCUCAUGUAUGAUAUAUCUGUGAUUCCAUCCACAAAAAUAAGAUUUUCCUUCGUGAAAAUCCAAAAGUCCUGGUUCGUCUUUUUCCGUGAAAUUUCGCAACCGUUUAACUUCUGCGCCCGUUUCACGCGUUCGAGAACAUUUUCACCUAUUUUCCCAACUUUAUUCUGAAAAUAUACGUUUUCCAGUUCUAGUCGGCACAAACUUAUGGUAUUUUUAGAAGUAUAUGUUCCUCUCAUUUUUUUUUUUUUUUCAUUUGAAAGAUUCGGCUAGUAGUAUGGUGGACGAAAAAAUCGUGACACGCGUUUCUUUUUAACACUUUUAACUUUGAUUAACACGUUUUUAGUUUGAUUAACAUGUCAGAUUCAAAUAUAACGAGCGAUUUAUGAUAUUCGUCUUUUCUAGACGUAAGAAGGUGUGGUUUUACCAUUUAAAACAGUGUGAUUUCAGUUUGUAAGUGAAAAAGAAAAAUGCCGUUGUUUAAGAAAAAAGUGGAACGGCGAAAAUCGCUCAGCAGAAAGGAAAUAUCUUUGGUUCGAUUAGAAAAUUUCAGGAGAGAAGUUAUUACAGAUAACCAUAGCGUGCCUUUAAGUGAAAUAUGCAGAAGACUUAACACAGACAGAGAAAAAGGUUUAACGGUAGAGCAAGCAGCGGCAGUUUUAGUUAAAACUGGACCCAACGUACUAACUCCUUCGCAUAAAACUCCUGAAUAUAUUAAAUUCAUUAGGACACUAACUCAAGGUUUUUCAUUGCUAUUAUGGAUAGGUGCCGCAUUAUGCUUCGCAGCAUGCUUAAUAAGGAAAUUGUCUCAGGACGAGACAGAUACAGACAAUUUAAUUUUAGGAAUCGUAUUGGUAGUCGUAGUUGUAGUUACAGGAUGUUUUAUGUUUUUCCAAGAGCACAAGAGUCAAAAGAUUAUGGAAUCGUUUGCCAAUAUGGUACCGCCAAAAGCAACAGUAAUUCGUGGCGGAGAAACUAUGACAAUUGUGUCCAAAGAACUAGUGGUAGGCGAUUUGGUUGACAUGAAAUUUGGAGAUCGGAUACCAGCUGACAUAAGAAUCAUACAUUCUCAAGGAUUCAAAGUGGAUAAUUCGGCACUCACUGGAGAAUCGGAACCUCAACCUAGAGGCACUGACUGCACCAGUGACAAUUUGUUGGAAACGAAAAAUUUUGCGUUUUUCUCCACUAACGCUGUUGAAGGUACUGCUAAAGGUUUAGUGGUCGAGACAGGAGAUAAUACAGUCAUGGGUCGCAUUGCUGGUCUAACAGCUCGUCUACAGCCCAACAAAACACCAAUUGCCAGAGAACUGGAGCAUUUCAUGCAAAUAAUUUCAGUAUGGGCCUGUUUUCUGGGUGUAGUUUUUGGUAGCGCGGCCCUUGCCAUGAACUACUCCUGGAUUGAAGCCUCUUUGUUUUUGAUCGGUAUCAUUGUAGCUAACGUACCUGAAGGUCUUCUUGCCACUGUAACUGUAUGCUUGUCGGUAACGGCUAAAAGGAUGGCGGCUAAAAAUUGCUUGGUUAAAAAUCUGGAAGCUGUAGAAACUUUGGGAUCCACCUCUAUCAUUUGCUCUGAUAAAACUGGAACUUUAACACAAAAUAAAAUGACGGUUUGCCAUUUUUGGUGUAACAACAAAAUCACUUGUGCUGAUAGUACUCCGGAGCAAAACGAUGCUGAAGAUUAUAAUAAAAUUGACGGGUUUAAGACAUUGAUGAGAUGCGCUACUCUUUGCAAUAGAGCCGAAUUUUUACAAGGCGAAGAAAAUUUACCAAUCCAAGCUAGAAAAGUAAGAGGAGAUGCUUCAGAAGAAGCCAUCCUCAAAUUCGUCGAAGUUAGCCAAGUGCAUGGUAAUACCCAUAAUUUUAGACACAAAAAUCCUAAACUAUUGGAAAUACCUUUUAGUUCAACUACCAAAUAUCAAAUAAGUAUUCAUGCUAUGGAAAAUGAUGGAUCAUGUCUUUUGGCAAUGAAAGGGGCUCCUGAACGUAUCUUGGCAAGAUGUUCCACUAUUGUCACUGAAAAUGGAACAAAAGAAAUGACUGACGAAUGGAGAGAAAUCUGCGACAAAGCAAUGACGGAAAUGGCCGAAAAAGGAGAACGUGUGCUCGGUUUUGCUGAUUUAGUCUUGGACCGUUCCUUUACUAAGGAUUUCAAAUUUUGUGCAGAACCUGCCAAUUUUCCAAGGAAAGACCUCAGAUUCGUUGGGUUUAUGAGUCUUAUUGAUCCUCCAAGACCACAAGUACCAGAUGCUGUUCGUAGAUGCAGAAGUGCUGGUAUCCGAGUUGUGAUGGUGACAGGUGAUCAUCCAAUUACAGCAAAAGCAAUUGCUCGUGAAGUAGGAAUAAUAUCUUGCGAUGAAGUAAUCGACGCCUACAACAUAAAUAUCGUUGAAACUCUACCUCCUGAACUAAGAGAUAAAGGUAUAGUCAUCCACGGUUCAGCUUUAAGAGACAUGAAUAAUGACGAAUUAGAUAGAAUCCUUUAUAACUUUAAAGAGAUCGUUUUUGCUAGAACUUCGCCGACUCAAAAACUGCAUAUUGUUGAAGGUUGUCAACGCUUGGGUGAAAUUGUUGCUGUUACUGGAGAUGGUGUGAAUGAUGCUCCAGCAUUAAAAAAAGCUGACAUCGGUAUCGCCAUGGGUAUAUCAGGUUCCGAAGUGUCUCAGCAAUCAGCCGACAUGAUCUUGUUGGACGACAAUUUCGCCUCGAUAAUAACAGGAGUUGAAGAGGGCCGCAGAAUAUUUGACAACUUGAAAAAAUCCAUUGCUUACACUUUGGCCUCGAACGUGCCAGAAAUAUUGCCGUUUUUGGCUUUUGUGCUUUUCAACAUUCCGCUUCCUUUAGGUGUCAUGGCUAUUCUCUGUAUCGAUUUGCUAACCGAUAUGUUGCCAGCUAUUAGUUUGGCUUAUGAAAAAGCUGAAAGCGACAUUAUGUUGCGUCCUCCACGUAAUCCUCGCAAAGACAAAUUAGUAACAAGAAAACUGUACUUUUUGGCUUACGGACAUAUUGGUCUAGUAGAAGCUAUGGGAGGAUUCUUCGUUUAUUUCGCCAUCAUGGCUGAACAUGGAUUUAUGCCAAUGAAGCUGUUUGGUCUUCGCGAAAAAUGGGAUUCUCCCCACAUCAAUGACCUGCAUGAUUCGUACGGACAAGAAUGGACUUAUGAACAUAGGAAGGAAUUAGAAUAUACUUGCUACACUGCUUUUAUGAUUUCUGUCGUCGUCACUCAAUGGCUAGAUUUGAUUGUCUGCAAAACUAGAAUUAAUUCGAUAUUUAAACAAGGAAUGGGAAACAUGGUCCUCAAUGUAAGUUUAGUGGUAGAAACUGUGGUCGCAUGCAUGCUUACUUACCUACCAAACAUGUACUACCUUAAAUUCUAUCCUAUACUAUUCAGAUGGUGGUGUUAUUCUAUUCCGUUUGCCCUUUUCAUUUUUAUAUUCGACGAAUUCAGAAAAUGGAGAAUCAGGAAAAAUCCUCAAGGCUGGUAUCGAAAAGAAACAUACUACUGAAUUUAUUUUUGUGUAGUCAUUUAGUUUAGUGUAUGAAUUUAAUUUAAACAAACAUGAACAAAUAUUCGUAUUUAGAUCAAAUUAUACUGUAGCGAGUACUAUUGUUAGGUACCUGUUGAAAUAUUUGAAAAAAUUAUUGUAAUAACAUUUUUUUUUUCUUUCAGUUUUAAAGGUCUUUCUUCUUAUGGUAGGUAUUAGUUUUUUUUAUAGAGUAAAAAUGCCUAAAAUAUAUUGCCUAAUUAGAGUGUUGCCUUAUGAUAUAACAAUAAAUGUGCCUUUUUAGCCUUGAAAAUUGAAAAAAAUAAAGAAAGACCUAAAAGCAAAUUGAAUGUAAAAGAAUUGCACACAAUUUAUUAGUAGACAAAUGACUAUAUUCUUCAUCUUGUUUUGUUUCAUUCAUUAUUUUUUAUUAUCUUUCUGUAUAUAUUUAUGAUUUAUUUUUAUUUAAUUUUUUAACAGUGAAUUUGUAUGUCUUCAUUUUUCAUCUUCUGCCUUUUGUGUUUCUUUUAGGUAGAUUUAUUUAUGUUAGUUUUAAUAUUAGUCAAAAUAGAUGUGGCAAUAUAUUUGUAACAACUUAUUAUUAUAUUUUGGAAAAAUAAGUGAUUUGAAUCAAUGACUAGAAGUUUUAUUAUUUUCCUUUGUUGUUUAUUAUCUAUAUAGCUUUCCAUCUUCAGGUUUUUGGACAUAUAUGGCUCUGUACAAGUAUUUCUAGCAAAAUACCAAUAAGGAACAUUUUAAUGAGGUUUAGGCGUGUGACCGUCAACAUAAAAGUUUCUUGUAGCUUUCGGUAACUCAACUUCUAAACCUUCUAAAUCUUUACUCAAAAUAAUUUGACAACCUAAUCGAGAAUUUUCUUUUAGAAAUGGAGCCAUAUCUAACAGAUCGUCUUCCUUUUCUUCCGGUGCUGGCAAUGCUUCAUAGAAAUUGUCGUGAAC